CACUGGUCAUUGCAUUCGUAAUUUAGCAAAAUGUCAUAAUUUAUUUUAAUUAUUAUCUUUUCAAUAUUUCUUAAUGUCGUAUUAAAAUAUUAAUAUUCAAUAUGUCUUGCUCUGCUUUGUAUAUACUGGAUGUAAAGGGCAAAGUCCUUAUAUCCAGAAAUUAUCGCGGCGAUGUCGACAUGGCUGUGAUUGAUAAGUUCAUGCCUUUUCUCAUGGAGAAAGAAGAGGAAGGUAUGCUAACUCCUCUCUUACAGACCGGCGAGUGCACAUUCGCUUAUAUCAAAACAAACAACCUGUAUAUUGUAUCGACUACAAAGAAAAAUGCUAAUAUUGCAUUGGUAUUUGUGUUUUUGUACAAAAUUGUUGAAGUUAUGUCAGAAUACUUCAAAGAGAUAGAAGAAGAGAGUAUCCGAGACAAUUUCGUUGUUAUAUACGAAUUACUGGAUGAAUUGAUUGAUUUUGGAUAUCCACAAACUACAGACAGCAAGAUUCUCCAGGAAUAUAUCACACAGGAGGGGCAUAAGCUAGAAAUGCAGCCCCGUAUACCUAUGGCCGUUACUAAUGCUGUCUCCUGGAGGUCUGAAGGCAUUAAAUAUAGGAAAAAUGAAGUAUUCUUAGAUGUUAUUGAGUCAGUCAAUUUAUUAGCUAAUUCUAACGGCAAUGUACUUAGAAGUGAGAUUGUUGGUGCAAUCAAAAUGAGGGUCUACCUAUCCGGUAUGCCAGAAUUACGUCUCGGUUUAAAUGAUAAGGUUCUCUUUGAAAGCACCGGAAGGGGAAAGUCUAAAUCAGUAGAGCUUGAAGAUGUGAAGUUUCACCAAUGCGUCAGACUGUCACGUUUUGAGAAUGAUAGAACUAUAUCAUUUAUUCCUCCUGAUGGAGAGUUUGAACUUAUGUCAUACAGAUUGAACACCCAUGUAAAACCCCUGAUUUGGAUUGAGUCGGUUAUUGAGCGCCAUGCACAUUCAAGAGUUGAGUAUAUGAUCAAGGCAAAAUCACAAUUUAAAAGACGUUCCACUGCUAACAAUGUUGAAAUAAUUAUACCUGUACCUGCUGAUGCGGACUCUCCGAAGUUUAAGACUACUAUUGGCAGUGUCAAGUAUACACCUGAACAGAAUGCAAUAACUUGGUCUAUUAAGUCGUUCCCAGGUGGUAAGGAAUAUUUGAUGAGAGCUCAUUUUGGAUUGCCUUCUGUUGAAUGUGAAGAGGUAGAUGGAAAACCACCAAUUCAAGUGAAAUUUGAGAUUCCAUAUUUCACUACAUCCGGGAUUCAAGUUAGAUAUCUCAAGAUUAUAGAAAAGAGUGGAUACCAGGCCUUGCCAUGGGUACGCUACAUUACUCAGAAUGGAGACUAUCAGCUGCGAACUAAUUGAAUGAUAUACAUAUAUAUUUAUUACAUUCCUUUUUACUUUCAAGUGCACUAUGUUUUAAUUAGGUAUUGUUUGCAAAACUGUUAAGUCUGUUGUAGUUGUUAAGUGAUCAAUUUAUUGGAUGAAGUAUUAUAA